UUCCCUUAGUGGCGGCAUUUUAAGUUUAGUGAUCUGGACAGGUUGAUACACUUAAGUCACCGCCUGAGAGGAGACUGCAGGGUUCCCGUGGGUCCGCGAAAUGGGCCCAGCUGGUCCGCCGACCUUCCGGUGCAGAUGAGAGAACCGGGACUCCGCCUACGGGAGCGUCCGGGAAGCCUGGGUUGAACGAAAGGAGGAAAGGGCGCCCGCGGGCCAUGGCCCCACCUCCAGGGGUAGGUCCCGCGUCUCUGCGGUUUGCUGCCGCCGCCAGCUGGCUGGUUGUCCGCCGUCGCCGCGUAGAGCACUUCCCGAAAGUGGUGGAGUUUCUGCAGUCCUUGCGCGCUGCUGCCCCCAGCUUGGUUUGCUACCGGCACCAUGAACGCCUGUGUAUGAGCCUAAAGGCCAAGGUGGUGGUGGAGCUGAUCCUGCAGGCGCGACCCUGGGACCAAGUCCUGAAUGCCCUGAAGCAUCACUUCCCAGAGUCCAGAACAACAAAAGAAGAUAGGAAGCUUUUGGAGGCACAGGAAAAUUUUUGCUUGCUUGUGAAGCACCUGUCAGAGGACCCACCUUCGAGCCUGCAGGAACUAGAGCAAGACUAUGGGGAAUCUUUUCUAGUUGCCAUGGAAAAGCUGUUGUUUGAAUACUUGUGUCAGCUAGAGAAAGCACUGCCUCCAGUCAGAGCACCAGAGCUUCAGGAUGCUCUAAGUUGGAUUCAGCCUGGCUCGUUCAUCACCUCUUCUGUUGCUUUGCGCCAGUAUGGUAUGGACAUGGGGUGGCCAUUUCCAGAGAGCUCUACUUCUGGCUCAGGGAAUCUGAUAGAGCCCAUGGAAGAGAGUCCUCAUCAGCAAACAAGACCAGCAUUCCACAGCCCUCUGCCUAAAGCUAAGCUUGGCCCUCACCAGCCAGCUUCACUGGAGCACCCAGAACACUUAGCUGGCAACCGCUUUAAUCUGGCCCCUUUGGGAAAGCGAAAAUUCCGAUCACAUUGGACAUCCGCAAAGGCAUGCCAUAAAGAGCGGCCCACAGUCAUGCUACUCCCAUUUAGGAACAUGGGCUUACCAGCUCAAGACGUAUCUAACCCUAAAAGCGGGGAAGAACAUGGUGUGGGCUCAGCAGCUUCUGUGGGAACAGAGCCAGUCUGCACGGAGAAGUCUAAGACUCCAUCUCGGACUUUGGGGAAAAGGGCGUUAGAGGAGACCCCACCUGACUCACCGGCUGCAGAGCAGGGGAACAGUGUGAAUUGCGUGGAUCCUCUAAGACACUCAUCACCGCCUCUUACAGUCAAGAAACCAGUGCUGUCCCCAACCCCGUGUAGCUCUGUUAUUACCAUAGGGGACUUGGUUUUGGACUCUGAUGAGGAAGAAAACCAGAAGGAAGGGAAGGAUCUUUCUGCCGUGCCCUCCCAUUCUCCUUACCAAAAGCCUUUGCCACAUCCCCAGGACAGCUGCAGCCUCCAUCCUACAAAGUAAGGAAUGCUGUGAGAGACAGCAUAGAUUUCUCAGGACUUCUCAACUGCCUAAGUCAAAGUGGACUAGAACUCAUGUCCUGACCAGGAUUUCACCAGAGCCCCACCCUAAAGAAAACAGUGGCUGCUGGGCAGCCGCAAACCCUCUCCAAGGUCUUGAGUCUUACUGAGAUGAUAUGGCCUUUGAGGCCAUGAGCAGCAUCUGCACACUCCAUCACUGCACUGAGCUGUGGAUACCCCACUCCAGUUUUCUUCCGAGUUGUACAGACAGAGCCUGCGAAGAGGGACAGAGGUGAGAGUGAACUGGCCUAUGGUUUUGCCUCCAACGGGACAGAUGAGACGAUGGUCUCAAGGAACCAGCUUACCAGGACCAAUUCCCACUUUGAUGAUGUCAGCCCCAGAGAGGAUUAACUCUUCUACCAUCUCUCCUGUUACCACAUUUCCUGCCUGAGACAAUAAUCAAAACAGAGCAUUCUUAGGGUCGGUGGUGGAGAGCAGCUUUUGUGCUCUCAUAUAAUCCAUGCCUCGACUGUGACCUUCCAAUUAUAAAUAAAGGUUACCUAGAGCCCUCAGGACUUUCCACCAACUCCAAAGGACCUAGAUUCCCAGUUACCCUUCCCAUCCCACAUACAUACUUUGACUUAGUGUGAAGGAUAGAGGAAACAACAUUGUCUAGGGUAAAAACAGGACCAGAAUGACCUUUAAGGCAGCAAGGUGGGCAACAAGACAUAAAGUGGCAUUAAAGAGCAGCUGCUGAGUCGGAAACCCCACUCAGUAGUGCCCUUUCACUGCUAGGGGACUGCUGCCCAGUCCUGAACUCUACCUUGAAAAACACGGAAAGUCACAGGAAUGUGGGCUAAAAUAUCCAUCUGCCCAACAGUAUGUGGACAGUGCGACAUCCCCCUUCAAUGCUGUGAAGAAAAUGAAGCCUUGGAUUUCAUCUCUAAUAAGCUUCUAAAAAAUAAAACAUAGUUUUUAUAUGAUGCUUUUUGUUGUUAGUUUGAGACAAACUCUCGGGGCUGGUCUUGAACUGUUUCUAUCCCCCAAGUACUGGGAUUAUAGAUAGGUAUCAAUGUCAGGCUUUCACGUAACACUUUCUAUUGUAGCACAGGACCACUUCAGUAGACGGACACAUGUACGACAGGUAUGGGUAACGUUUGCAAAUGUUCCAUGUUUUUUAAGUCCUUGAUUAAUGAAUUUUGAACCAUGACAGUAACGUAGAGUAGAAAUAUCAUGAUGCAGCAGAGACCAAGUACUGAUAUAACAACAUGAAACAUCAGGAAAGGGGAGACAAAAGUAAUGACAAUAGAGUGUGGUGGUGCAUACCCUUAAUCCCAGCCCUCCAGAGGCAGGC